CCGAGAAUUUUCAAUUUGCAAAAGCAUCCACUGAUAUGGCAACUCCCGAUGACACAUUUGAGGAUGUAUUUAAAAACUUUGGGUUUUAUUCGAUUCGGUCUAUCAAAGUUUUUGGUGAGAUUGUUAGGCCGGCAUUAUGA